AUGUUUUUUCGUAUUCAAAUCCUCAUAUUGUUGUCGAUAAUCUGCUAUAGUCAUAGCCUUGGUUAUCUACGCAUAAUGAACGGUUUGAGAGCCAAAGAAAGACAAUUACCCUAUCAAGUGGGUAUAAUAAGUUACUUUGAUAAUGCAUUAAACGAUGUAAGUUUAUGUGGCGGAAGUAUUUUAAAUACCCAAUGGAUACUCACAGCUGCCCAUUGUAUGCAAGAACCAGAUAGUAAACUAGUGAAAGUUUCUGUCUUUCUGGGCAGAUCAAAAAUGUCGGUGAAUAAGGAGAUUGCCAUUAAUAUACGUGACAUUAGAGUACACAAAAAGUUCAAUCGUCUUUCUGUGGCUAAUGAUAUUGCACUUAUAAAAUUGCCCAGACAAUUAAAAUUCAAUUCAUUGAUAAAACCCAUCAAAUUGCCAUCAAACGCAAAUGAUGACUAUACCAAUAGAACAGCAAUUUUCUCUGGUUGGGGACUAACUGCCAAACAAGAAGCAAGUGAUAGUCUUCAAUAUCAAAGGGCUAAGGUCAUUAGCAACGAGCAAUGCGAGAUGGAAUGGAAUCAUCAACUUAAAAAUGGGGCCAAUAAACUUGUAUUAAGCUCAUUUAUAUGCAUCGAAUCUAACAAUGGUUUACCUUGUCGCGGUGAUUCAGGUGGUCCAUUGGUUCUAGAUGAUGGUACCCGUACAUUAAUUGGAAUUGUAUCACAUGGCUAUGAUGAGAAAUGUCUUAUGAAAGUUCCGGAUAUACUCACGCGUGUCUCGUCGUUUCUAGAUUGGAUUACCGAAGUGACUGAGGGAAAAUUAUAAAUGUUUAAACCUUUACAAAUUUAAAUAAAUGCGUGGGAAUAUGGUGUAAAAAAAAAACUGGGCUAAGAAAAAACCAAUAAACUUUUG